UUCGUAUAUUUCAAAACAAUACAAAGAAAUCAAAUUAGUUUUAAAACUGCAGAUAUAACUAUUAUAAAACCUAUUUUUUAAUUUGUUGCAGAUUUUUUUGUGCCUGAAGUGUAGAUUAGCUUUCAACAUGAACAUGAUCUCGGGCAAGCUAUGUCUAUUACUACCAUCGCUGUGAUUUUAAAGUGGCUUUAAGUAACACAAAAUGGCUGCUCUACCGCCUCUUAGUUGCUCGCCGAGAGUAAAGGAAGAAAUCGUUUACCCAAUUACGUGCACAGUGGCCACAAAUCUCCUGGCUCCUGUCAAAACAGAACAACAAAUUUUAGAAAAUUCUAUGUUAGAAGAUGAUCCGAACGCCAAUUGUGCCGUUGCAGCCAUACCUAAAGAAAAGUCCGGCCCCAGGUGGGGGCCUCAGCACAAAGGAGCUCAGGAAUUGGCAAACCUCUAUAGUAAAGGUAAAAGAACACAAGAAGUCAUCUGCGUGGGAAUAUGUCUAACUCUGAUGGUGAUAAAUUUUGUAUUUAUCGUAUAUUAUAUUCACUUAGAAAAAUUAAGUACCAUUCUCGUUGCCGCUUUUUGUGGAAUCGUCACUGCUGAUUUUGGCUCCGGAUUCGUACAUUGGGCUGCAGACACAUGGGGAUCUGUAGAACUACCUUAUAUAGGAAAAAAUUUUUUACGACCAUUCCGGGAACACCACAUCGAUCCAACGUCCAUUACCCGCCAUGAUUUCAUCGAAACCAACGGUGAUAAUUUCAUGGUAACAAUACCAUUCCUGGGUCGUAUGGUGUGGGAUUUUCUUACUCUCUCCAAAGAAGAUGUUCAAAUUAGGUUUACAUGGAACUGCUAUAUAUUUUUAUUGGCUAUAUUUGUAGCGAUGACUAAUCAGAUUCAUAAAUGGUCCCAUACAUAUUUUGAUUUGCCAAGCUGGGUGAUUUUCCUGCAAGAAUACCGAAUCAUCCUGCCUCGUCGACAUCACCGUAUACACCAUGUAGCACCUCAUGAAACAUACUUUUGCAUAACAACAGGUUGGUUAAAUUGGCCUCUAGAAAAACUUCGGUUUUGGAGUAUACUGGAAAUCAUCAUUGAAAUGUGCACAGGCUGCAAACCACGAGCUGAUGAUUUUAAAUGGGCACAGAAGAGGACGUGAUAUAUUUAUAUUAUUUUUAUUUUGUAAAAAGCAGUUUGAUGGAUGAAAAUAUGUCAAAAUCUUUUUUAACGUUGCCAUAUAAAAGGCUUUAUAAGGAGAAAAAUAACGGUUAUCAUAACUAUUAUUCAAUUCAAACAUAAGUACUUUUAUGUUUGUAUCAUUGGUAGUAACAAAUGUAACCACGCGU